AUGCCGUCGCGCAAACCCAGCAAAUUUGGGAACAAAUUCCGAUCGACCGCAGCAUCAUCGAACUUCAAACGAACCAAGACAGUUGAAUUUGGGUCACUUCGUUCCAGUGAGGCAACCUCCCAGGAUGAGAAAUUCGAGGCCAUUCGAUUGGCCAACAGUAUCGAUGAAUCCCUCGGUUUCCCCCGUUUUGAAUCUGGAGAGACCAGGGCCGGCUGGUUGAUCAAUAUGCACAGCACUACCAUCCAGGAUCCGAAUGUGCCAGGUGGUCGCGCAGGCGUUGACUACUAUUUCCUGCAAGAUGAUGGAGGGAGCUUCAAGGCCACGGUUGAAUACGACCCCUACUUUUUAAUUGCGGUCAAGAAAGGUCAUGAAAUGGAAGUAGAGGAGUGGUGUCGAAGAGCUUUCGAAGGCUUGAUCAAGAGCUUCAGACGCUUGGACAAGGAAGAUUUGAGUCUCCCAAACCAUCUACUGGGACACCGGAGGACUUUCAUUCGACUGAACUUUGCCAAUGUCCCGAAUUUGCUCGAGGUCCGACGAACCCUGCUGCCAUUGGCCGAAAAAAACAGGAAGAAUGCAAACGUGAUGGAUGCAUACAUUGAAAUGACAAGUGCCUCAGCCGGCUAUGAUCUUUUUGACGACGAACUAAUUCACGAGCAACGACCUAAUGGCAACACGCAAGCAAGUGAUUUUAUUGUUGACAUCCGCGAGUACGACGUCCCAUAUCAUGUGCGAGUCUCAAUCGACAAAGAUAUCCGGAUUGGAAAAUGGUACGACGUCGAGGCGAAACACGGGGUGAUCUCCCUGAAGUGUCUCGAAGAACGGCUACAGCGUGCAGAUCCUGUAGUCCUGGCCUUUGACAUUGAGACAACAAAACUGCCAUUGAAGUUUCCAGACGCAGUGAUCGACCAGAUCAUGAUGAUUUCAUACAUGAUCGACGGCCAGGGAUUUCUAAUUACAAAUCGAGAAAUCGUGUCAGAGGAUAUCAACGACUUUGAGUACACUCCGAAACCGGAAUACAACGGCCCAUUCAUCAUUUUCAACGAGCCCAACGAGAGGGCAGUGAUUGAGCGAUUUUUCGAACACAUCAAAAUCGCGAAGCCUACUGUCAUUGCCACCUACAACGGUGACUUUUUCGAUUGGCCUUUCGUUGAAGCAAGAGCAAGCGUACAAGGUAUCGACAUGUACAUGGAGAUUGGGUUCCGCAAGAACAGCGAAGACAUCUACCAAAGCGACAACUGUGUGCACAUGGAUUGUUUUGCUUGGGUGAGUCGUGAUAGUUAUCUUCCUCAGGGAAGUCGUGGCUUGAAAGCCGUCACUGUCGCAAAGUUGGGAUACGAUCCCGACGAGCUGGAUCCAGAGCUUAUGACCCCCUACGCCAGCGAACGGCCGCAGACCUUGGCUGAAUACUCCGUUUCAGAUGCCGUCGCAACCUAUUAUCUGUACAUGAAAUACGUGCACCCUUUCAUUUUCUCUUUGUGCACAAUCAUUCCCCUCAGUCCAGAUGAUACGCUACGAAAGGGAACUGGAACUUUGUGUGAAAUGCUUCUCAUGGUUGAGGCCUACAAGGGUGAGAUCGUGUUGCCCAACAAGCACAAGGACCCGCCGGAGUCUUUCUACGAGGGCCACCUGCUGGAAUCGCAGACGUACGUCGGUGGUCAUGUUGAAAGUAUCGAAGCUGGGGUGUUCCGAAGCGACAUUCCGACUGGUUUCAAUGUCGAUCCUGCUGCGAUUGACGAACUCAUCCGAGACUUGGACCACGCCUUGAAGUUUAGCAUCGAGGUGGAAGAGAAAAAGUCUCUAGACGAUGUCACCAAUUUCGAUGAAGUCAAGGCUCAGAUUGCUGAGAAGCUCCUGAAUCUUCGUGACAACCCUACUCGAAACGAGGUCCCGUUCAUUUAUCACUUGGACGUCGCAUCAAUGUACCCCAACAUCAUGAUCACCAACCGUCUUCAGCCCGAUUCGAUGAUUGAUGAAUCGGACUGUGCCGCUUGCGACUUUAACAGGCCUGGGAAAACCUGCGACAGACGUAUGCCUUGGGCCUGGCGUGGAGAAUUUUUGCCUGCCAAGCGUGACGAGUACAACAUGAUCAAGCGAGCGACGGCAAACGACAGAUUCCCGAGUCAAAGGAAGAAUGGGCUGCUACGAUCAUUCGACGAUCUUAGCAUCGAGGAACAGGCCGGGGUUGUUAAGAAGCGUUUGCAAGACUAUAGCAAGAAGAUCUACCACAAAAUUCACGACAGCAAGACCAUGAUUCGAGAGGCCAUCAUCUGCCAAAGGGAGAAUCCUUUCUACGUUGACACAGUGCGAAGUUUCCGUGAUCGACGGUACGACUUCAAAGGCAAACAAAAAGUCUGGAAAAACAAGACAGAGUCUCUCCAAUCAGCUGGAGCGUCCGCAGCAGAGAUUGACGAGGCGAAAAAAAUGAUUGUCUUGUUCGAUUCACUGCAACUUGCCCACAAAGUCAUUCUGAACAGUUUUUACGGCUAUGUCAUGCGAAAGGGUUCACGAUGGUAUUCAAUGGAGAUGGCCGGUGUCACUUGUCUUACAGGAGCCCAUAUCAUUCAGAUGGCUCGAGAGCUUGUGGAGCGUAUUGGACGCCCCCUGGAAUUGGACACUGACGGAAUCUGGUGUAUGUUACCGGGCACAUUUCCGGAGAACUUCACAUUUACCCUCAAGAAUGGCAAAAAGCUGGGCAUCUCGUAUCCCUGUGUCAUGUUGAACCAUCUUGUUCACGCACGUUACACAAAUCACCAGUACCAGGCACUUGUGGACCCUACAACUCACAAGUACGAGACUUACAGUGAGAACUCGAUUUUCUUCGAAGUCGACGGCCCUUACCGCGCGAUGAUUCUGCCGACUUCAAAGGAAGAAGACAAAAACUUGAAAAAGAGAUAUGCCGUCUUCAACCAUGAUGGAUCUCUCGCUGAACUGAAGGGAUUCGAGGUCAAGCGCAGAGGAGAGCUGAAGUUGAUCAAGAUUUUCCAAACCCAAAUCUUCAAGUUCUUCCUUGAAGGCAGUAAUCUCGCUGAGACGUAUGCUGCUGUGGCUCGAGUUGCCGAUCGGUGGCUAGAUGUGCUUUAUGAGCAUGGUGCAACUCUCGCAGAUGAAGAGUUGAUUGAUCUUAUCUCAGAGAAUCGCAGCAUGACAAAGACUUUAGAGGAGUACGGGAACCAGAAGUCUACCUCGAUCACGACUGCGCGACGUCUCGCGGAGUUUCUGGGCGAACAGAUGGUCAAAGAUAAGGGACUGAACUGCAAAUACAUUAUCUCGUCGAGGCCGCGAAAUACCCCCGUCACCGAGAGAGCAAUCCCAGUGACUAUAUUUUCCGCAGAAGAAAGUGUCAAGCGGUUCUUCUUGCGCAAAUGGCUCAAAGAUGACCCUGGUGACAUGGAUCCUCGAUCUAUCAUUGAUUGGGACUAUUACCUUGAGCGACUGGGGUCUGUUGUCCAAAAAUUGAUUACCAUCCCCGCUGCUCUGCAGAAGCUGAGAAACCCGGUACCCCGUGUCGCCCAUCCGGACUGGCUGCAGCGAAGAAUCAACCAAAAAGAUGACAAAUUCAAACAGAAGAAAAUGACCGAUCUAUUUGAAAAGUCUGAGAAAUUGCCUCUCUCCUCAAUAUCUGCCAACAUCUUAGAUCAUCGUGUUCAACACGCGGGGGACUUGGUAGAUGAAGUCCUUGCUCAGUCGACCCAAAAGCAAAGAAACUCGCCUGAAAGCAAAACUUCUCAGAAACGAAAGCACCCCGAAACGGUCUCCAAGGCAGCAAUUGAUCCUUUCGCCAACCUGCCAGCUGCAAUGCCUUCUAUAGACGACGACUAUGAAGGAUUCAUCAAGUACCAGAAGCAGAAAUGGAAGAUUCAAAAGCAGGCUCGAAUCCGUCGACGUCAGCUUUUCGGGGAGCGAACCAACGUUGCAACCGAUGGGCUAAGUAACUUCUUCCGCAAUCAAGCGCAGAUGUUAUACAUUAGUACAUGGCAGGUCCUUCAACUCUGUGAAACGGCUCGCCCUGGUAUUGUGCGUGCAUUUGUUCUUAUCGACCAGAAAAUUCAUGCCCUCAAUGUCAAAGUUCCGCUGCAGUUUUUCGUCAACUUGAAACGCGAUUCUUUGCCAGAUGUUGAGGUACCAGACUGCAAGGUGGAAAAAGUGAACCACACCCUACCCAAUGGACAUCCAUCAGUCCAUCUCUUCAAGCUCUCGCUUUCGGAAGACACGUACCUCGAGGAGUCUGACAAGAUGGACGCUUUGUUCCAGCAUCCGAGUGUUGAAGGCGUCUAUGAACGGAAUAUCACAGCUAGCCUUCGCGCGGUACUCAAACUGGGUAGCCAGUGCACCUUUGACGAGAGUCACCGCGGUGUCCUCGGCGAUGGAUUGGAGAAAGGUUUCGACCUGUCGACCCUUCUCCACGCCACAUCAGACCAGUCAUAUCUGGUCGACUCUCCCCUGGCGUACCACUAUCUUUAUCAUGUCGCCUCAGGUGAUAGACAGAUCUUUGCGCUGUUCUCCACUGCCAGCAGCCAGGCGCACAUAGUCAUCCUGAAUCGGACAAGAGAUGCACAGGGUCUGCCUAAUGUGGAUAAAAUUUACUCAGAGCUGCUCUCUCGGAAGUUGCAGGACUCCUCUACGGAAGAGUCACAGAAUGCCUUUGAGUAUCAAGAAAACAUUCGUUUCAAGACCACUCAGGUGAUGACUCGUCGAAAAGCUCACUUGGAAGUUGGCGACUUGAUCCGUAAACUGAGAAGCGACGAGACACAGCCUGCGAUUAUGGUCAUUCAGUCGCAGCAAAAGGACCGAUUAUGCCACGAUAUUCCAAUCUUGAAAGAGUACCCGACACUGGCAGUCAAGCCGGAAGUGUCUGACAUGGAUCUGCCACCUCUCGGUUGGCAAGCGUUCAUCGCUCGACGAAUCGUAACACACUAUUUGUAUCUGGCGGCAUGGAUCCAGCACUUAGCUCUGCUCGCACGAUAUGGCGAUGUUCCGCUUUGUAACUUGGAAACCGAUGACCCUCGUUUCCUGAUCGACGUUGCGUACGCGCGACGUCUGCAGCAGAGCAAUGUCGUUCUGUGGUGGUCAAAUGGACCUCGACCUGACCAUGCGGGCUAUGAAAAAGACGAUAUCGUGGGCCCGCUGGAGAAGGUGACCAUGCCUUCAGUCAACACGCCGGGUGCUUACUCAACCGUGUGCAUUGAAUUAGACAUCCGAAAUUUGGCAAUCAAUACCAUUCUUACAUCUUCCAUCGUCAAUGAGAUGGACGGGAGUAACACCUUGCUGGCCCCGUCUGCCAACGGGACAGAUGACUCGGGGGUCCUGUACUCAGAAAAGGCUUUCGCGUCAGCCGGCGCCCUGGUCCUGCGAGAGAUGGUCAAGAGUUGGUGGACCGAAGCAUGUGCGGGUAACAGUAUGGCGGACAUUAUGGUUCAACAUCUGAUACGAUGGGUCGAGAGCCCUGUCUCAUGUCUGUAUGACCGAUCGCUUCACAACUAUGUUCGCCUGCUUUCGCGAAAAUCCUUCCAGCGGUUAAUGGCUGAGUUCCGACGUGUUGGCUCCAAUGUGGUCUUCGCCAGUCCCACUCGGCUUCUGCUUCAGACGACCAAAACAGAGGUCGGCAAUGCCUACGCCUACAGUCAGUAUGUGAUCAAGUCCAUCCGAGCCAAUCCGUCGUUCCACUUUAUCGACCUGGACAUCAAAGAGUACUGGGACUAUCUCGUCUGGUACGAUGAAUACAAUUAUGGCGGCAAGGGAUGUCAAAAGGUGGUCGAAGCUGAGAAGCAAGAGCUCGAAACCGUGAUGCAUUGGCAGCUGAGCCGCUUGUUGCCGAUUCCAAUGCAAACCAUCUUCCAUGAUUGGGUGGUUGAGUUUAUCGAGCUCAUGCAUUCAGCUAAACACCCGGACCUCCAAGAGAAUGAAAUCUCGUCAACACCACGCCUCACGCAGAUCCCCAUCGGAAAACCCAACGAUGUGGAUGACGAAGGCUUAUCCGCCAUUCUUGCAGAACGAUUCUCCAAGCCACUCAAGAAACAGAUUUCGGGUCUGAUACGCCGCCAACGAGAUGAGAUGCUCCACCCUGAACUUGUCUCCGACUAUGCUUUCCCUGUGCUUCCUGGAGUGUUGGUUGAUCCCAAGGGCGACAAACGGAAUCCGGCUCUUGAGCUGGUCAAACUGCUGAUGCAGGUACUCAGUUUGUCCAAGACCACGACUCUGGAAUCACGCCUGCUUCGUCGAGAGCUUUUGGCACUCUUUGAGGUGCGUGAGUUCAGCAAAGAGGGACGCUUUGAGAAUCCGAGUGCCACGUUGAAACUUGCUGAGCUCACCUGUAACGCCUGCUGUUUGAUCCGUGAUCUUGACCUAUGCCGUGAUGAGGAUGUCCUUCCUGAGCCCGGUGCUGAUAAUGACAAGGCGCCCAAACCAUGGCGAUGCCCAUUCUGCCAGACUGAAUACGAUCGAUUGACCCAGGAAGAAAGCCUCAUUGGGCAGGUGCAUAGCCUCGUGGUUGAGUGGCAAACGCAGGAUCUCAAAUGUUCCAAGUGCAAUGGACUCAAAGUGAGUGAGUUCAUGGAGCAUUGCUCCUGUAGUGGCCAGUGGACGGCGACGGUUGAUCUCAAGGAAACGGAGAAAAGGCUGCGAGUGUUGCACAGCGCAGCCAAGUUUCAUAGCCUGCAAUUGCUCCAGGGAGUUGUGGAGGAGGUAUUGGCCCAUCUUUAG